GGCUUGAGCGCUAAGCCUGAAAGGCCAAAGGAAGCAGCGGGAAUGCUUGCUGAGAGGUGCUCCAAAGGCAGCGCACUGUCCGUCUGGUUUUGUGGCGUGGCCGUGCUUUCCCUUGCCCGGACAUUGGAGAGGAACUGAGGAAGCUGGAAGGGCUUCUGAUGCGUGACCAACAAAUCGGACUUUGCCUGUGCGGGAUUUCAUGUGUGGCAAGAGCUGGGGACGCUGCGUUCCUUCAGGGUCCUUCAGCUCGAUAGCUGUUUCAGAAUGUUGAUGAUGAGGUGAACUUACCGCAUGUCGCUGGUCCUGAGCGGUAUCCAGCCUAUUUUAUUGUCUGUUGACAUAUCUACAAAAGGCAACCCAAAUCCCUUAGUUUAAAAUAAAAGGGAAAGCAACCUUUUACACCUGGUGCUGCCUCUUUCAGUAGCUGGUCCAAACAUGCCUGGCUUGGGCUGGCAGCGGCAGGGCGAUGAACCGGCCGGCUUCACGUCCCUCCCUGGAGAUGGAGCUGCUUUUCCCGCGUUUCCAUGCUGGUCUUGCCAAGGGGUGGCCUUUCAGCCAAAGCACCAUCGAGGAGCAGAGUGUGAGUGGCUGCGCCGUUGCGUUGGGCCUCAGGAGAACAGUGUGUGAGUGUGUGUCGAGCAUCCUGCGUGGCCGUUGCCAGAAAGCAGCCUCCUGGAGAGCAGCAGAGCAGCAGGCUGUCUGCGCUAUGGCCGCUGAGCUGCAUUUCUCGCCCCCUGAGAUCCCUGAGCCCACGCUGAUGGAGAACGUGCUGCGCUCCGGCCUCUUCUUUGGAGCCAUUUUCCAGCUUGUGUGCGUGUUGGCCAUAAUGCUGCCAGUUCCCAAGUGCCCAGAGACAGACUGGGACGGCUUGGAGUCUAAGACUUGGGAGACGGUGAAGAAACCAAAGGCAAGUGCUGCACAGCUAAGCAAGAAAGGCAAGAAGGAAAGCAAAAAGAAACGGUGAGGGCUUGAGCGCUAAGCCUGAAAGGCCAAAGGAAGCAGCGGGAAUGCUUGCUGAGAGGUGCUCCAAAGGCAGCGCACUGUACGUCUGGUUUUGUGGCGUGGCCGUGCUUUCCCUUGCCCGGACAUUGGAGAGGAACUGAGGAAGCUGGAAGGGCUUCUGAUGCGUGACCAACAAAUCGGACUUUGCCUGUGCGGGAUUUCAUGUGUGGCAAGAGCUGGGGACGCUGCGUUCCUUCAGGGUCCUUCAGCUCGAUAGCUGUUUCAGAAUGUUGAUGAUGAGGUGAACUUACCGCAUGUCGCUGGUCCUGAGCGGUAUCCAGCCUAUUUUAUUGUCUGUUGACAUAUCUACAAAAGGCAACCCAAAUCCCUUAGUUUAAAAUAAAAGGGAAAGCAACCUUUUACACCUGGUGCUGCCUCUUUCAGUAGCUGGUCCAAACAUGCCUGGCUUGGGCUGGCAGCGGCAGGGCGAUGAACCGGCCGGCUUCACGUCCCUCCCUGGAGAUGGAGCUGCUUUUCCCGCGUUUCCAUGCUGGUCUUGCCAAGGGGUGGCCUUUCAGCCAAAGCGUAAGUGCGAGCGAAGCGUGUGAGCAUCAGCUUGCUCUGUGAGGAGUGAGAGAAACAAAAGGAGAGGAAGCAGCGCGCGAGGAAGCCAGGUGUCCCUGCACUCAGCCCCUUGAGCUCGUCCCUCCAGCUUCCCUGGUGGCUUUUUCAGCCUUGUGUAGCACUGACUGUUCCUGCUUGCCCUGGGAAGGCCAGCUGCAGCUGCGGGCAGCCGUGGCCUGCACGUCAGGCUCCCGUUGAGCCGCGAGGAGUUCAAGUGCGGGUGGGCUGGUGUGAAGAGCAGCGCUGGGAGUGGGGCAGGAGGAGAGGGCAGCGGGAGGGCUGCAGGUGAGCGCGCCUCGGGCCCAGAGCUCAGGCGUGAGCCGGCAGGGCAGCGAGCCGUGCUGCGCUGCUUCAGCUGCAGUGGCUUCGAGCGCGUCAUGGGCAGCGCCGCGUGUUGAGCGUCUGGGUGCUGCGAGGGCACCUUGCUGAGCCGGAGCCCGAGAGAGGAGAGGAGAGCAGAGGCCGCACGUCAAAAGUGCCUGCCUGCCAUUUUGGCUUGGCGCGUCGGCGUCUUCCUCCUUCCACGAAGGAGCCUGCCCGGUGCACUGGGUCCAGCGUGCUACACGGCACUGCCUUCUGCUGCCUGCCUGCCUGCCCGCCUGCCUGCUGCACUGCUGGAGAGGAAAGAGCGGAUUGUCGGGCUGCGUGCAGCCAAGGAGCUGGCUGCAAAGGAGGGAAACGGAGUAUUGAGGAGCGGUUAGUGCAUGUUAGGUUUGGGUGUGGAUGCAGCGGGGGCCGAGUCACCUCCAUCAGCUCCUCGGGGCUGGGGCCGAGCCCGGUGCGUGGGGCUGCGCUGCCUGCAGGAGGGCUGCGGGGCUGGGGCAGUGGUGUGGGUGCAGCACAUGGGGCCGUGAGAGGGCGUGCAGCAGGGAGGGCGUUGGGCCCGAGCCGCGCUCGUGUUUGUGGCAGCACAGGGGCUGCAGGGGAUGGCAGGAGCGCAGAGCAGAGCGGGGAGAGCCGGGCUGUAUGAAGGCCAGGGCAUGAAAUCUUCCCUUGGCAGCUACGGAGCUGCUGAGCUUUUCCGCCAAGUCUUCAGACUGUGGGGUGAUAAGGCUCCGCAGCACAGCCAGCCGGGCCCUCCUGAUACCUGGGGGUUAGGAAAGGGCAAAACAAAUCAGAGUCUUUCAAGAGCACAAAGCAGUGAAGCACAGCACAAGCCAUUUAUUGCCUGCGUAGGUGAUCUUCUCCAGGCACGUCCAUUGGAGAUGUGCAGACUGAGCGUGGACAGAAAGCA